AUGAUUCCCCGAAGAAUCGAUCAGUCCAAUAACCCUCAUUCGCACUAUUUUUCAGCAUCACAGAGCCUCCGACGUGGAAAACACCCUCGCGAUUCCGACUCCAUUUCACCAUACGAUAACCCAGACUCAUCCGAGUCUAUCCUAAGCGAUGAGCGAUCUAUAUACAAUGCGGUCAGAGUCGCCACGCCAAACAAUUCCAUGCCUCGUUUCUAUGCGUCUCUCCGUGAGAACCCCGUUCACGAGCAAGGCUUAGCGGUCAACAUGGCCAGAUUCGUUCCCACAGAUUCACAGGAUGAUCAUAGCCCUACUACUAUGCCAACCAAGCGAGGAAGACGGCAGAGGAUGGUAGGGAGGCUUGGGAACCACACCAAGCUGCUAUCUGACCAGUGCUGGCAAGCCACACACAGGUCGAGACCUCCCUUGGGUAAAACAACAUCGGUACUAGACCCCCGUCGGUCUUUACAUCGCAAGGCGGCUUCCCUUGAUGCAAACAAGCGUGGUACCCGCAGGCCUAGAUGGCCUGGGAACUUGGAACCUGCAGUGAAAAUCGUCCAGCCUCCAUAUCCACCGCCAGAAAGAACGCCUACACCCCCUGGCCUUCCCUCCUUCGGCACGUCAGAGGCUGUAUCCGUCUCUACAUAUGGUCCUGCUGGCGGUCAGCGUAGCAAUUCGUAUGGCGACACACUAAGGAGAUUAUUUGGCUUACCGCCUUCUGCGUCUCAUGGUGGGCUUUCUGUUAAUGGUAUAGGAAGAGCGGAGGAUGGCACGCUAGUACAGGGCCGGUUCCCCCAUCGACAAAGCGGCCAUGGAAUGAACAUCGGUCGACCACUGCAUGACCACCCAUUCCACCAACGCAAUCUUCCCAUUGCUCUCCAAGAAGCCACAGAUACAAGCUACGAUCCUUAUGUUGAAGCUGCACAGACAAAGGGUGGUCUUGGGCGAAGUCCAAACAGACAUGUCCAGCCUCUAGCCAGGCCACCGAGACGACGUUUCCCCUUUCCGUCGAGCCCGGCCCCUGCUGUGGUAAACCGCCGACCGCGGCCCAGAGCCACUGCACUUUUCAGCUUGCCGCGCAACCUGACUGGAUCGGACGGUCCUGCAGAUCCAGCGGGAUCUUCUGCUCAAGGGACGAGGGCAAGCGGGGACCACGUACCUCCCAAUCCAUCACGGUUGCAUUCAGUUUUGACAAUGGCUGGGUGCGGCGGCGGUGCAGAUGAAGAUCCUCACGCAAACACGUCUGUCUGUCCGGAUGUUUUGGCGUGGGUGAAGACUCAGAGAUGCCUCUUCUGCUGCUGCUGCUCGGGCAGCCACGAGGAGCCGGAUGAUUCUCUCGGGGCAACCAGCUCGAGGGAUACAUAUGUAACUGCCCAUAGCCAGGUGUCGCCUACUGAAUCUCAUAAUGAAAACAGUGAGGGGAAUACUCGUUUCCAUGGCUUCCAGACAUGGAUGUCAUCUCUGUACGGUGCCACGUUUCCGACUCUUGGGAACCCUGCUGCUGUAUAA